UAUCAUCGACGCAGAACAGAAAGUAGACGAGAUUGAGUGAUGUAAUUCGUCGUUAAUCUUGCUCCUUUUUAUUACAUUUGUUACAAGUAGGGAAUAAUACUAAACUUGAACACGAGAAUUAACUGAGUGUAGACAUCCUUGAGUCAUCAUGUUUGCUUUAGCCUGUAGAGGCGUCAUCACCCUCCCUGCGAGGGCCUCAGUCUCCCUUCCGGCUACUAGAGCCUCCAUCUCCCUUCCUGCUCGCCACGCUAGAGGGACAACAUCAUGUGUGAGAACCAAGAUCAAUGUCUUGGUGGCAGUACAGCGUUACGCCUCACAGAGUAGGAUUGGGUUGAAGAGGGCUGCUAAGACAAGGACCUUAAAGGAGAUGGCAGGGGCACCGGCUGAUGGGUCAGCCAUCAGCAUUGGAAGGGGUGCAGUUGCGGGGGCAGCGGCAAUCGGCGUUGGAGCUCUCUGCUACUAUGGCCUGGGGAUGUCUAAAGAUGUUGGCACACUAGAAAGAGCGGCGAUGUGGCCAUCUUAUGUUCGUGAGAGAAUUCAAGCAACGUAUGCAUACUUCGGUGUCGGUAUUGCAUCAACAGCCGCCUCGGCCAUAGCGAUCUCCAGAAACCCCGCCUUGAUGACACGCCUUAUGCCUAAAUCAUGGGUGGGAGCACUUGGUAUGAUGGGCGUCGUCAUGUGUUCGGGCUUCAUCUGCAUGUCGGUUCCCUACACCGAAGGCAUCAUGGGAGGCAAACAGCUCGCGUGGUUGGCACACAGUGGACUCUUGGGGGCGGUGUUGGCACCCAUGACCCUUCUUGGAGGUCAGCUUCUUAUCAGGGCGGCAUGGUACACAGCUGGAGUUGUUGGAGGAUUGUCUUGCGUUGCUACCUGUGCACCAAGUGAGAAGUUUCUUUACAUCGGUGGCCCCUUAGCGAUGGGUCUAGGAGUAGUUAUUGCUGCAUCCAUCGGAGGUAUGUUCUUUGCCCCUUCAACGGCUCUGGGAUCAGGCCUUUAUGCCAUCAGUAUGUACGGUGGUCUUAUUCUGUUCAGCGGGUUCUUGUUAUACGACACGCAGUUGAUUAUGAAACGAGCGGAGACAUACCCCAUCAUGGCCCAGCAACCUUACGACCCGAUCAACUCGGCGAUGGGCAUCUACAUGGAUACAGUCAACAUCUUCAUCAGAAUCGCCAUGAUCUUGUCGAAUUCCUCUGGAGGUCGCAGGAAAUGAACAUCGAGCUAAGAAGAAAUUUUCAUCCA